AUGGCAUUCCGGAACCAGAAGCUCAGCGUUUCAGCGCAGCAGAAUGACGUGCACAAGCGGAUCCUCACUGGCCUCCUGCGCCAGGAAGAGAACCGCCGAUGCGCAGACUGCCAUGCACGUGGACCAACAUGGGCCAGUGUGAAUCUGGGCGUGUUUGUCUGCCUCAACUGCUCAGGUGACGAGCGGAUAGACGAGGGCAGGGACACAUGGCUGCCAGAGCAGGUCGCCUUUGUCCAGGCCAUGGGGAACGCACGUGCGGCCGGGUACUGGGAAGCAAACCUCCCCCGGCCCCCCGACAGCGACAUGGGCCUGCUGCGGACCUUCAUCACCGACAAGUAUGUGCACAGGAGGUACGCGCUGCAGCAAUCCUCCGAGCCACCCAGCAUCGACAACUUCGCCGCUCACCCGGUAUGUGUGGAUGUAUGUGUGGGAGGGGGGGGGGGGGCGUCCUCAUGGUGGUUCCUGAUGCACCAUAAGUACCCAUCAAAUGGCAUUUCCUGA